CCCACCCCCAACCACAGCGAACAGAGUGAGAUUUAGACAGAGAAAAGGCUACGGAUACAUACGGAGAGAAAAUGCAGAUUACUGGUAAGGUGAAGUGGUUCAACGAAUCCAAGGGGUUCGGCUUCAUCACCCCCGACGACGGCAGCAAGGACGUCUUCGUCCACUUCAGCGCAAUCCAUGGCAACGGCUUCAAGACCCUCGCCGAGGGCCAGCGUGUCGAAUUCGAAAUUCAAGACGGCCAAAAAGGCCCGUCCGCCGUCAAUGUCAAGGCCCUAGAGCUAGAGGAGGAUAAAAGGAUUUCGAGCAAAUUGUAAGAGGAUGCUCCACCCAUCCACAUCGUGCGAUGCGUGAUAUCCUAUGCUGCGUUCGGAAGGAUUUGCUAUUGUUUGUAUUCUCUUCUCACCUGUGCACUAAAAUCUGUACCGUUUCUCCUUUUCUUUUUUACAUCAAGCUACAUGGGUUAACUACUGCUCUGUUCGGGCUUGCAA